CGCUUGCUUCCUUCGCUCUCAUUUCAGUUCCCAAUGUAUUAAUCAACGCAGGCCGCUUCCCCUUCCGCUUCUCUUGGUCGGACUGGAAGAGGAGAGCGGGGAUCUCGAUCUUUCCGAUCUUCCUCUCAUCUUCCUUUCUCUUGAAUUCUAGUGGAACAAGCUUGGAUCAAAGGGCUUGUUGCAGAUACCGCUAUUUGGCGUCUUGUCCAGCGGCAUCAAUCGGGUUCUCUGGCCUGUUUUGUGGGGGGACGUUGUUAAUCAGAUCCAGAUCUUGUCUUUUGGUUCUACGGGGCCGGUCGUCGGAGUGCGAUGGAAGCCAUGGAUGAGUUGAUCCAGCUCUCCGAGUCUAUGAUGCAGGCCUCUGCUCUGCUCGCUGACGAGGAUAUUGACGAGAAGUCUUCUUCACGCCGGACCUCAACUUUUCUUAAUGUCGUCGCUCUUGGAAAUGUCGGUGCUGGGAAGUCGGCUAUUUUGAAUAGCUUGAUCGGGCAUCCGAUCCUGCCAACUGGGGAGAAUGGAGCCACUAGGGCGCCCAUUAGUAUUGACCUGCAGAGGGAUAACUCGCUGAACAGUAAAUCCAUUGUUCUACAGAUUGACAGCAAAUCCCAGCAGGUUUCUGCAAGUGCUCUUAGACAUUCUCUUCAAGAUAGACUUAGCAAGGCCACGGGAAGGAGUCACGGAGACGAGAUCUAUCUCAAGCUACGAACUAGCACAGCUCCUCCAUUAAAAUUAAUUGAUCUUCCUGGAUUAGAUCAGCGAGCAAUGGAUGAGUCUGUGAUGAGUGAUUAUGCUGCACGCAAUGAUGCAAUUUUGCUAGUAGUAGUUCCUGCUGCCCAGGCUCCUGAAAUUUCUUCCUCACGUGCUCUCAGACUUGCCAAGGAAUUUGAUGCAGAAGCAACCAGAACAGUUGGCAUUAUUAGUAAGAUCGAUCAGGCUGCUGGAGACCAAAAAGCUCUAUCUGCUGUUCAGGCUCUUCUAAUUAACCAGGGUCCUCCUAGAGCAUCUGAUAUUCCAUGGGUUGCUUUGAUUGGUCAGGCUGUUUCUAUUGCUUCAGCACAAGCUGGAUCAGUUGGUGUGGAGAAUUCUCUUGAAACAGCUUGGCGAGCUGAAAGUGAAAGUCUACGAUCUAUACUGACUGGAGCUCCACAAAGCAAACUUGGUAGAGUAGCUUUGGUUGAUACCCUUGCCAAACAGAUACGUGGUCGGAUGAAGCUGAGGCUUCCCAAUCUCUUAUCCGGGCUUCAAAGUAAGUCACAAUUGGUGCAUGAUGAGUUGUUUAGGCUUGGCGAGCAAAUGGUAAAUAGCGCUGAAGGAACCAAGGCCCUUGCUUUGGAGCUUUGUCGAGAAUUUGAGGACAAGUUUCUCCAGCACAUUACAUCUGGUGAGGGUGGGGGUUGGAAAGUUGUUGCUAGUUUUGAGGGCAACUUCCCUACCAGGAUCAAGCAGCUUCCACUGGACAAACACUUUGAUAUCAACAACGUUAAGAGGAUUGUCCUGGAAGCUGAUGGUUAUCAACCUUAUCUUAUUUCUCCUGAGAAAGGUUUGAGGUCUUUAAUCAAAGGAGUUUUGGAACUUGCCAAAGAACCUUCUCGUCUUUGUGUUGAUGAGGUGCAUCGUGUUUUGAUAGAUAUAGUUUCUGCAGCUGCAAAUUCUACUCCGGGACUUGGACUAUAUGCUCCAUUUAAGCGUGAGGUUAUUGCAAUUGCUUCAAAUGCUUUAGAAAAUUUUAGAAGUGAGGCAAAAAAGAUGGUUGUUGCGCUAAUUGACAUGGAGCGUGCUUUUGUUCCUCCCCAGCACUUUAUCCGCUUAGUGCAAAGAAGGAUGGAUAGGCAACGGCGUGAAGAAGAACAGAAAACUAAAUCCUCUAAGAAGGUUCAGGAUGCUGAGCAAGCUUUAUUUGGCAGAGCUACAAGUCCUCUACCAGAUUCCCAACAAUCCGGUGGCAACUUGAAGUCCAUGAAAGAUAAAUCCAGUUCUGACAAAAAUAAAGACGCAAAAGAAAAAUCAAGUUUGCAAGUUGUUGGACCUGAAGGAGAAAUAACAGCAGGAUUCCUGUUGAAAAAAAGUGCAAAGACAGAUGGCUGGAGCAAACGAUGGUUUGUAUUAAAUGAAAAGAGUGGCAAGCUUGGAUACACUAAGAAGCAAGAGGAAGAACGUUUUCGUGGUGUCAUCACUUUGGAGGAAUGCAACAUUGAAGAUGCAUUGGACGAGGGAGAACCUUCUAGAAGUUCGAAGGAGUCAAAGAAGGCAAAUGGGCCAGAUCUUAAAGGUUCAACGCUUGCUUUUAAGAUAACAAACAAAGUUGAAUAUAAAACUGUUCUGAAAGCUCACAGUGCUAUUAUUUUGAAGGCUGAGAGCAUGAGUGACAAAAUUGAGUGGGUGAAGAAGAUAAGAAACAUUACUCAACCCAAGGGAGUUCCUCCCAAAGGUACUCUAGGUUCUCAUGUUGGACCUAUGAGGCAAAGCCAUUCAGAUGGGUCACUGGAAACAAUGGUCAGGAAACCUGCUGAUCCAGAAGAGGAGCUCCGAUGGAUGUCUCAAGAGGUCCGUGGUUAUGUUGAAGCUGUUUUGAAUAGUCUUGCGGCAAAUGUCCCAAAGGCUGUUGUGCUUUGUCAAGUGGAGAAGGCAAAGGAAGAAAUGUUAAACCAAUUAUAUAUUUCUGUGAGUGCCCAGAGCACAUCUAAGAUUGAAGAACUGCUCCAAGAAGACAAGAAUGUCAAGCAAAAGAGAGAGAGGUUUCAAAGACAGUCAUCCAUUCUUUCAAAGCUUACUCGUGCACUUAGCAUCCAUGACAAUCGAGCAGCUGCUGCUUCAUGGUCUGAUAGUAGCUCAGGAGCAGAAAGCAGUCCAAGGGCCACAGCCCCCUCCGGUGAUGACUGGAGAUCCGCAUUCGAUGCAGCAGCAAAUGGGCCAUCAUCUCUCGAGCCUUCGAGGUCCAACAGCAGAGACAGGCAUGAUCGGAGAUAUAGCGAUGCAGCAGAAAAUGGUGAUGCAAGAUCAGGUUCCAACUCCGGAAGCCGUCGUACCCCAAACCGUAUGGCUCCUCCCCCACCACCUCAGUCCAAUUCAAUGUAUAAAUACUAGGCAUUGCCUGAUAAUUUGAUUGGGUGUAUUCUUGGUGGGUACACCACUCUUCUCUUGCCUGUUUUUUUCCUUUUUCUUCUACAUUUGCAACCUGUUCAUUUCAGUGGGCAUCAAUCCUUGUGGAUCAUACAUAUAUAUAGAUCAUUAUAGUUUUCUCCUCUAUGAGAAAGUUAUAUUGUGUGCCCUAAAUUUAGCCUUGGCAUUUUUGUUAGGUUAUGAACUUUAGCUCCAUAACAUUUUUUUUUCUUCUUGUUGAGAUAUUGUAUGAGAUUUAUUGUUAUAUGUAUUCCCAUUCUUUUUCGCUUCUUUGUGGGGGUUGGGGAGGUGAGCACUAAAGCACAAUGUUAUAAAUAAUC